UUAUUGUUGGUGGAAAUAUGGCAUAGAAAAAAACACCUUUGUCACCGAUGGGCCACACCCUGUCAAGACAUGUACACAAUGGGCUCAAAUUGAGAUAGCAGCUGUGUGGACAGAGGUUGACCAACUACCAUUCAAAAGACCCACACCACAAGCCCAUGACUCAACUUCAGAUUUAAUCAAACUUUGAAUAUUGCUGGGAAUGGGAAUUUUUUUUUUUUUUUUUUUGUUUGUUUGUUUGUUAUAAGACAUACUUUUGGCCACGAUAUUGUAGUCCACAGGCUUCCAAUAAAAAUAUCCAGACUGGAUCCAUGGGACAACUUUUGAACCAAUCACAAGUGCUUUUUUGGUCAACUGACCAAUCAAAAGUUCAUUACGAAUUGGGAUGCAUCAAUAAUUGCAAUCUCAAAAGCGUUUACUUCUACAUUGAGCUACUAGCAAACUAAGCAACCAAAGAUAAAAAAUGGCUGCCGCUUUUAUUGGAGAGGCUUUUAUCUCCGCUUCCAUCCAGGUGUUGUGUGACAGAAUUGCUUCAACCGAGUUCGCUGACUUGUUCUGGCACAAGAAGCUGGAUGAACCACUCCUCGUGAAACUGAAGACGACGUUGCUCACCCUCUAUGCGGUGCUCAACGAUGCGGAAGAGAAGCAAAUUUCAAACCCUGCUGUGAGAGACUGGUUGGACGAGCUCAAGCAUGCUAUCUUCGACGCGGAGGACUUACUUGAUGAGAUCGACACUGAAGCUUUGCGAUGCAAGGUGGAAGGUGAAGGUCAAGCCGAGAAAUUAACCAAAAAGGUGUGGAACUUCUUCACUUCUCCUAGUCAUUUUUAUCAAAACAUGAAUGUUGAGAUACAAGGGUUAUUACAAAGGCUGGAUGACUUUGUGCAACAAAAAGUUGCCCUUGGUCUUACAGAAGUUGUUGGGAGGAAGGUUUCACAAAGAACUCCAACAACUUCCUUGAUUCAUGAACCCUUUGUAUAUGGAAGAGACGAAGAUAAAGAAAACUUAUCAAAAGUCUUGUUCUCUGAUGAUGCAAGCGAGGAUGAUGUAUCUAUCAUCACCAUUGUUGGUAUGGGCGGGGUUGGCAAGACGACCCUUGCUCGAGUGCUUUAUAAUGAUGAUAAGGUGAAAGAGCACUUUACCCUUAGAUCUUGGGCUUGUGUUUCAGAAGAUUAUGAUGCUAUUAAGGUGACUAAAACUCUUCUCGAGUCGGUCACUUCAAAACCUUCUAAAAUGACAAAUUUGAAUUCGCUUCAAGUCGAACUUAGAGAACAACUGAGGGGAAAGAAAUUCUUAUUUGUGUUGGAUGACCUUUGGAGUGAGAAAUAUUCUGAUUGGAGGUGCCUACAAACUCCUUUUACUUCCGGAGCAAGGGGAAGUAAAGUCAUCGUGACAACACGAAGUGCAAAUGUCGCAUCUCUCAUGAAAAAUGUGCCAAUUCAACACUUAGAACCUUUGUCACAUGAAGAUUGUUGGAUGUUACUUGCAAAACAUGCGUUUGAAAAUGAAAACCACAAUGCACAUCCAACUUUGGAGGAAAUUGGCAAGAAAAUUGCAAGCAAGUGUAAUGGUUUGCCAUUAGCAGCAGAGACACUCGGGGGUCUAUUACGUUGCCAGGAAGACUUCAAGGAAUGGAAUAAAUUAUUAAAUAGUAGCCUUUGGGAGCUACCUUAUGAAAAAAGUGAUAUCCUUCCAGCCCUACGAUUGAGCUAUCAUUAUCUCCCUGCUCAGUUGAAACGAUGCUUUUGUUAUUGUUCACUAUUUCCAAAAGACUAUUUGUUCAAGAAUGAAGAUGUAGUUCUCCUUUGGAUGGCGGAAGGUUUAAUUCCACAUGAUUUUAACGGGCAAAGAAUGGAAGAGACGGCUAAAAGUUACUUCGAUGAGCUGGUAUCACGAUCACUACUUCAAAAAGCAGGGGAGCAUGGUUUCACAAUGCAUGAUCUUCUUAACGACUUGGGUCAGUUCAUGUCUAGGGGAUUUUUUCUCAGGUUGGAAGAGAGGGAAUCACAAGAAGUUAAAAGACUUCGUCAUUUGUCAUAUGCUAGGGGAGAAAUUGACGCUGCUAAAAAAUUUGAGCCUUUGAAUGGGGCUAAGUGUCUGCGGACCUUCCUACCUACCUCUUUUGAAGCAUAUGGGAAUGGGAUGAUCUACAUAAGUCAAAAGUUUCAACAAGAUUUGUUGCCAUCCCUGAAACGUUUACGAGUUUUAUCAUUGUCCCAUUAUGAAAAUGUUGCUGAAGUACCUGAUUCUGCGGGCAAUCUCAUUCACCUGCGCUACCUGGAUCUCUCCCAUACGGCAAUUGUAAGUUUACCUGGUGCAGUUUGUACUCUCUACAAUUUGCAGACGUUAUUGCUGUCAUAUUGUUACGCUCUCAUUGAACUGCCACCAGACACGAGAAGAUUGAUAAAUUUAUGGACAUUAACGUUGGCAGGUUGCAGCUCCCUUACUAAAUUACCUGUAGAUAUGAGGGAAUUGAGUAGUUUGCAAUAUCUCGAUGUCAGUAAAACAAACAUACAAGGGAUGCCAGUGGAAAUUGGAAGACUAAAAAGUUUGAGAACAUUAACUGCUUUUAUUGUGGGGAAAUCUACCGGGUCUAGCAUUGGAGAAUUAAGGGAGUUGCAGUAUCUUCAAGGAAGACUUCAUAUUUCAAAUCUGCACAAUGUAGUUCACGUUGUGGAUGCAUUGGAAGCCAAUUUGAAGGAUAAGAAAGAACUAAAGGACUUAGAGUUGGAAUGGGGUAAGGAGGACGCCGACGAUUCCCAAAAGGAGAGAGAUGUGCUUGACAAGCUCCAACCUUGCAUAAAUCUGGAGAAACUGACUAUCAGAUUCUAUGGAGGAACCAGCUUCCCAAGCUGGUUAGGAAGCUCUAAUUCCUUCUAUAACAUACAGUUCAUGUGGAACAGUGAUUGUAAGUAUUGUUUGUCCUUGCCAAGUUUUGGGCAGCUGCCCACUCUUAAAGAGCUACAUGUCGAAAGAAUGAAAUUUGUUAGGACGGUUGGUGUUGAAUUCUAUGGUGAUCUUAAUGGAGCUUCUGUAAUUCAGCCCUUUCGGUCUCUGAAGACGCUAGAGUUCAAGGAGAUGCCGGAGUGGGAGGAUUGGCUACCGAGUCCAAGUGGAGGUCAAUGUUCAGGCUUUCCUUGUCUCCAGGUGCUGAGAAUAAGUUAUUGUAAGAAGCUGAGAGGAUACUUGCCCAAUCGUCUUCCAUGCUUGAAAACACUUAGCGUGUUUGGGUGUGGAUAUCUACAUCUGCAUGAUGAAUGGGCCAGUAGUAGUAGUAGUCUUAACAUGGACUACUUACAGAAUUCAUUGGAAAUAGAUAUUGAUGGAUGCCCAGGUCUGUUACCAUUAAUAGAGAGAGUAGAGAAGUUGUCCACACUUGGAAUUUCUAAUUUUGAUGCAAAAUUUUGGAGCCUGCCCAAAAUGAAAUAUCUUCGAAGAUUGACUUUCAGCUUUUGCCCAACCGCGUGGUCAUUAGAGUUCUUAUCUCAUGAGAUGAUGGCCGAAUUGACAUCACUUGAGGAUUUGAAGAUAUACGAUAGUUUUCAUUCAGUGAGGUCCUUCCCGUUGGGCGUUUUCCCCAAACUUUCAACUCUUUUAAUCCAUGGCUGUGAGAAUCUGGAAUCCUUUUCUAUUGAAGGAGUUGAUCAGAACCUAAGCCAUCUCAUUCAGCUAGAAAUCAACGACUGUCCAAAUCUGGCGUCUUUCCCGGACGGAGGAUUGCCCACUCCCAACUUGAGAGAAUUGAAGGUCUGGAGAUGCAAGAAUUUGAAGUCGUUCCCCAAACAAAUUCGCACCCUCACCGCCCUUGAACGAUUGGAAUUAUUCGAUCUUCCAAAUCUUGUAUCAUUUGCCCAAGGGGGUUUGCCUUCCAACCUCCGAUAUUUUACAAUAGAUUGCGACAAAGUGAAGCCUUCAGUGGAGUGGGGAUUACAAGGACUUGUCUCCCUUCAAGAAUUUACAAUUGCUGGCGAGAUCUCGGCACCGUUGCUCAAGGAACAGCUGCUCCCUACUUCUCUUCACCGGCUAACUAUACAUAAUUGCCGAAGUCUGGAAUUCCUGCCUGCAGAGGGACUUCAACACCUCACUUCUCUUCAAAAUCUAACUAUUACUUUUUGCCCAAGUCUGGAAUUCCUUCCAGCAGAGGGACUUCUACACCUCACUUCUCUUCAAAAGCUACGAAUUCGUAGGUGUCCAAAGCUCCAAUUCCUGCCAGAAAACGGUUUGCCGCCCUCUCUUUCUUACCUGGUGAUCUCCUCUUGUUCCACCCUGGAGAAAAGGUAUGAGGAUAAGACGGGAGAAGAUUGGGCCAAGAUAUCUCACAUUCCUUGCAUACAGAUAAACAACGAAGUCAUCAUAUGAGCUCUGUCUCUCUCAUACGAAGUUGUGCUUUUCGGCAUUUCACAUUCCUUGCUUCUAAUUAACUUCAAUAGUUUGAAAAAUAAAAGACAUAAUAGAAAUAAGAAUCAUAGCAUAUUAAUCAAUUUUUUAUUUGCAGCAAAGAAGACACAUUAUCCCCACAUCUUCAACAUUUUCGGAUGGUAUGAUGAGGAUCAAUCCAGCAUAUAUAGUAAGCAUCAAAAUUGUAACAUGUAUAGGUACUCUUUCGUAACUGAAUAAUGUAUCAACGUUUCGGAAAUUACAAAUUUUGCAAUUUGUUUCUCAUCUCUCCCAUUUGCUUUGUCAAGUCUUGUAAAAUAUGUCCAAUGCAACAAAAACACAAUUGACUUUCAAACUACAGAAAUAAAUGAUAAAAACCACAUACUUGCACCCAAUGCAUUGUUUUUUUGCAAUAUAAGAAAAAAACAGAUAACAUUCCCCUGAAACCAAAUUCAUCCCCCAAUUUCUUGCAACAAAUUUCAGUAAUUACGAACGCAACUAAAUCUUAAAUAAAUAGAGUUGUUCAAUUAUAUUAAACUACAUAUAGGGAGGGUGAAAGAGAAAAAGAGAGAAAAGAGAGACCUGGAUACCUCCAGCGUGUACUGAAAGAUGCCAAAUUCUAUCACCAAGGAGAACAAACAUUUUCAAAUGCUUAGGCUUGGGUAGCAUGUCUGAGCAUCUGUGCCAACUCACACACACACACACACACAUAAUGUCUGAGCAUCUGUGCCAACAAACACACACACACACACACACACACACACACAAUGUCUGAGCAUCUGUGCCAACACACACGACACACACACACACACACGCACACACACCCACCCUAAAAGUUAGAGUGUAAAAUCUAUGCUACAAUAAACAACUAAGCAUGAGCAGGACCUCGUAAAAAGUAGGUGAUCAUAUGUGUUUUUCAACUUU